ACAUCACAUGAUAAACGACGGAGGAUCCCAAGCCCAAAGUCAAAGGCGCUCUCCUCGCCCGCGGCCAUCUCCAGCUCUGACGGCGACGCCGUCGAUCGAUCUCUUCAGCCGCAUUAAUUUAAUGGCGAUAAGAAGCACAAGCAGCUUCUUCCCCACACGGCCACACCCCCAGACAUAGACAUGGUCGCUGCUGUCUAGAGAUUGAGGCUCUGCCAACGCCGGUACUAUAAAAUCCCAUCCCCAUUAUUUGGGGGCGGGGCAGAGUGAGAGGCAGGCAGGGGAGUAAGAAGACCAAGAAACAGAGGAGCUUUCUUGGCUCUUGCCUAGCCUAGCUGCGGGGGAGGAAGGGGGCCAUGGAGGUGGUGGCGGAGGCCGGCGCGCAGCAGCCGUGGGACCAGUUCAAGGAGGAGGUGGAGAUCAUGGAGGAGCAAAACGGCGGCGGCGGCGCUGAUGCGGUGGAGGAGCUGCUGACCAGGGAGAUCAGGAGGAGGCUGGGCCACGCCCACGGCAGCAGCAAUGGCGACGGCAACCACCACGCCAGUGGCGGAGACGAGGAAGAAGAAGACGACGCCAGUGGCGGAGACGAGGAGGACCACGCCAAUGGCGGGGGAGAAGAAGAAGCGGUGGUGGAGGAGGAGGAGGUCAAGGUCGAGGAGCAGCAGCAGCGGCACAAGAGCAUCGUCUUCGAUCCAGCCAAAGUCCCUGAUAUCAUUACUGAAGUAACUGCCAGUUAUCAUGUCACGGGAACGAUGCGAUCUAGUGCUGAAAAGGAAGACACUAAUGGGACUUUGACUCCAAAAGGCAAAGGGCUUAUAGCAUACGAAAAUGGAAAUGCUCAAGAAAUUAAUCAAGGUCCAAGCAACGGCGUGUUACAAAAUGGGUCACACGCAAAUGGUUCCCAUCAGGCCCUGAAUGGCACGGAACCUAAGAUAGCAUACACUUUCAAAAUUAACAGAACUCAAAUUUACCCAACUGAAGUUGACAAGGAUGGACAUGUCACCGAGGCCGAACCGAAGGUCGAAGAGUAUGACCUGGAGAAGAUUUUGGAUGAGCAAGAAACCUAUGACCUGUUCUGUCCCAACUGCACCUCGUGCAUAACUCGAAGGGUCAUCCUGAAGAAGAGGAAAAGGACAGUAAGAACAACACCCACCGAUGAACCGUCAAAGAGACCGUAUAUUGAAGGACAGGUGCCUCCUGUUCCUUUACCUGAUAGGGUUGAAGAAGAAUCACCCGACGUAUUCAGAUGCUUGUCAUGCUUCUCCUUCUUCAUUCCAACAGGAUGCAGUUUCAACAUAUUCCGUAUAUUUGGGAGGAGGAAUGUGGACGGACAACCAGAUGUUCUGCCUCCUCCUGCAUCAGAGGACACCCCUCCUCGGUCUGAAAAUUGCACAAGCUGGCUUCUGUCUUGUUUCCAGACAGGAGAUAGCCGAAACCAAUCUCAUCCUGCUGAUCCAAUGACGGUGCCACUGCUGUCCGGCAACACAACCACAGUAACUGAAUCUGAAUCUAGUACAUCACAUGUUUAUCAUAGUCAUGGCACAGUUGUAAAACCAGAGCAUCCGACGGUCGAAUCACCUUCGGAGAACCAAGCUGAUCCUGCAGAUUCACCACGGAUUCCAUCGUUACCUGGUAUAAUAGCGACUCCCAGUGGUGCAACCACAACGACAACUGAAACUAACGAAUCAUAUGUUCAGCAUAGUCAUGGCACACAGCAGCUGACAGUUGACUCAUCUUCCCAACAUCAGAAAACCACCACUACAGUUGAAGACAACGAAACUACAACUACAGUCACAUCAGAAAAGAAUACCACAUCUUCUAAAACCACAACAGGAGCACCUAGCGCAUCACCUCAAACAUCAUCCUCUACAGAAUAUUUCAAGCAAGACAUAUCUGAAGUGGUCACCGGUAAAAUGCCUUCUGGUGGAGCUAUCAUGCAUCCAACUCACCACCUGAUUGGCGACAAAGAUACUCACGGAACUUCAGAGAAUGGCUCAUUUCCCAGCUAUGCAAUUCACACACCAGACUUCAAGUUCGAUAGCCCCAUUGCGACAAAUAUCACACAAGGUUUCAUCCCGAGGGGCGAUAUACCAAGCUCGCCGAAUCCUCAACCGGCAGAUCAUGUUGUGGUACCAGUUUCUGGAGAUGUGAAUCAGCUUGCUCCUAGACCCCAACGGAGGGAUGACUGGGAUAUACUGAAAGCCAUAGUGUAUGGAGGCUUAGUGGAGUCAGUCACCAGCCUCUCAGUUGUUUCGGCAGCCGCAUCAAGCGGUGCCAAAACAUUGGACAUAUUCAUCCUGGGCAUAGCCAACCUUAUUGGAGGACUUCCUCUUAUCUUCCACAAUAUUGCUGACCUGAGAGACAUCCGAGACAUGGACGGGAACGACGAGCAGGUCGGCCACUACUGGCUGCAGCUCGGGAGGCGGUCCAAAGCCCGGCUCCACAUGGUCAUGGCCCUGCUCUCGUACAUGGUGUUCGGGCUGCUCCCGCCGGUCCUCUACGGGUUGUCGUUCCGCGAGAGCAACGACCGGGAGAACAAGAUGAUGGCGGUCGCCGGUGCUUCGCUCGCCUGCAUCGCUCUGCUGGCGCUCGGAAAGGCACACGUCCACACCAGGACCUACUUCAAGACCCUCAUGUACUACCUGAUGAUCGCCGUGAGCUCAUCGGGUCUGUCGUACGUCGCCGGCGUGCUGAUCACGCGGCUACUGGUGCAGUACGGAAUCAUUGAGCAAGGCGGCUCGGCUCGUGCUCCUCCCGGGCUGUCGUCGCGGUUCACUUAUGCUGCUGGUGCAGAGUCGUCUGCAUGGGCCUCAUUCUGAAAAGUCUGAAGUUCCUUGGAGCACGUCCUGGUGGUAUAAAAAGGGAAGAAAUGAGCGAGCUCGAGAGAAAGUGCCUGCAACUGCACGAAGAAACAUCUGAAGGCUCUUUGAGUUGCUGCUACCUGCUAGCUGUUUUGUUGUAGUUUUGGUGUACACUUGAAGCUUUGAUGCUUCUCAUGGUACUCUGGUGAUCUUUGUCAGCAUGUUUUUGAGCAGGAAGAACAAGAAGUUCAGUGUCACAUACUCUGAAAAUAUGCCAUGUUGUAACUCACCUGUUCUUGAUGAAGCAAAACAUGCCAUGUGUUUUAGGAGUUAUAAUUAUACUUUGGGUA